GACCAGCUUUAGGUCAGUCAGUCAAGUUGGUCCCUUGCGUCCGUCCGUCCCCCUACCCACCCAUGAUAUGCUCUAAUCGCCAAUCUUCUGUCAUGCCUGCCGGCCACUGACCACUUCAUUAGCACACCGCAGCACCCAGCAACACGGAGACACUCAUUUCUCCUCCCUUGAUUUCAGACGACGGGACGGCCAUUCAUUUGUUCAUUCACAAGUGCCCUUCUUGUUUUGUGUUUGUAUGGUGCACUGCAUUUGGUUCAGCCAUAGAGCUCCACCUGAUGCCGGAGAGAGAUGGCAUGCAGAGAGACCAGACCCAUCCUCUGUGUGAGUGGGGGUGUGUGUGUACCUUGACAGGGUUGAUGCCCUGCAGCUGGAGGCGUCGCUUGAUCUCCGCCAGGUCGGACCGACGCACACCCAGGUCAUCCUUGAUCUCCUCCACAGUCUGGCGCCCAUCCUGCACCCAACCACACACACACACUCGUGCCUCUCUGUGUGUCGGUCGCUCAGUUGUGUUUUGUAGUGUCAGCUGACGGUGUGUGUGACGAGGCAUCUGAUGUUCGAGGUGUUCUCGCACCAUCCCUCCCCUCCGCUCAGGUGCCAGGCGUUGCGCAUCAUCAGCUCAAAGUAGUCGUCAUCGUCGAUGGACACACUCACUCCUGCACGUAGACACAAAGAGAGAGACAUGGCAGCGCUUCUCUGUGAGUCUCCCUCUGUCUCUGUCUGUCAAGCGUACCGUCGUAGUAGUCGAGCCAUUCUUCCCAUGUGAUGGUGACGGGGCCCUGCUGCGAGCCCUUCUUGCUGUCCUUCAAGUCAAACGUCUCCAAGAACUCCUCCAGCACCUGCACACAGAAACACAGACAGGCAGAGAGGAGAUGGCGUGUGUGCGAUGUGAUGUGUGCAGCCAUCCACACAAACGUACCUGCUCCUUGGUCUUCCACCCGCAGAUGACGUCCGGGUGUUUGGAGACAUCGUAUGUGUCCUUGACGUCCUCGGCGUCGAUCACACCGUUGCCCGUCUUGUCCAUCAACUUGAAGGCCUGCAUCCAGCACAGAGCACAAAGAAGCGUCCGUGGCUGCACAAGAGCACUCUUAGCUAUAGCAUGCGCACCAUUUUGACGAACCCGCGACGUCGCUCAUUCAUGCUGCCUCGGGCCUUGCGCAGAAACUGCCAGAGAGAGAGAGAGAGAGAGCACAGAGGAGACAGUAUGUAGGAUGCCUGCCCCCCCUCCAGCGGACCUCCUCAUAGUCGAUAUUGCCAUCGUCGUUGCGGUCAAUCACCUUGAACAGCACUGCCCAAAGAAAGAGGGAGAAGGAAUUGCUAUACAAAACUUCGUCCGGCCGACUGACUGACCUUCUGCCUCGGCGUCUGUCUUGACGACGUCCAUCUCACGCAUGGCCUUCUUGAACUCGUACAUGUUCAGACGCUUGUUGCUGACGUACACACACACACACGUGUGGUAUGACACAGUCAGACACACGAGAAGAGGAGGAGGACGUCACGCGCCCACGCAAUUGCACCCGUUGUCAUCCAUGAUCCUGAACUUGCGGCCUGGAGGUCCACACACACGUACCACUUGUCCAGUGUCUGUCUGUCUGUGUGUGUGUGUCUCUGUCUUCUGACCGAGUCCCUUGAUGCCAUUGGCGCCGAACUUCUUGAGGCGCAUGCGGAAUCCGUCCAAAAUGAGCUCUAUAGCCUCGGCAGAGAUCUUGGUGCUCUCCCCCUGCACAGACGGCUGAAGCAUACCUGCAGGCACAGGGCACACACACACGCAAGCCAUCGAUCCAUGUGCAAGCGAUUAAGUGGACUGUCUGUGUUCACUGACCGCGAUGCGCGAAGUGGUCCUUGGGGCGGGGCUGCGGCUGUAGGGGCGGUUGGACGAUCGGCCCGUAGGCGCGGUUGUAGGGGCUGCCAGAACCAGCCAUCGUGUUGCCUGCGUAUGACUCCCACACAGACAACCAUGAGGAAGCUGCAUUUUCACAUUGGGGCCCCGGCCUCUUGCUCCUCCACCUGCGGUUCUGAGAGUUGAGCUGUGCACGGGCAUGUUGGAGAUGAUGUUGUAGCUACCCGGGGCAACCGCACCAUGCUUCACACGCACACUCGGAUUACCUGCAGGUUGGCAGGCAGGUAGGCACAAUCACAAGAAUCAUGGCCAAACGCAUUCAUGAGUGCCGAAAAAUGGUGAGGGCCGGUGUGUUCACGCCCUCCGACCUGCGGCUGCCAUGCUUGGGUAGGCGGCGCCCUUGGGGUUGCACGUCAUCCCGUGUGCGUACCCGCCGGGCGCCGAGGAGGCGAACUGCUGAGCCACGUUAUCCUGAAAGGCACGAUAGUAGGCCAUCCUGACUGCUGGACUGGACGGGGAAGGGAGGGCGAAGGACGAAGGGGAG